AUGUCUGCCUCGGCCUCUCAUCCCGGCGGGGACUCUCAUUCUACAACCCAUGCCAAUCCCCCGUCUUCGCGACUGUUCAAAUGGUUGCCAUUCAGUCGACGGUCGAAUGCCUCUGACGAGACCCCGGCCGCCUCAUCUUCCUGGGGGGUGGAUUCGCGCGAAUCGGCCAGGGAGGUGUGGGCUCAGGGCAAAGGCAUGAUUCUGGUGAUGAUGUCGCAGUUCUUCGGGUCGUCGAUGAACGUGAUGACCAAAGUGCUGGAGAACCAGGGCCGCAAUGGCGAAGGGUUGAGUCCGUUUCAGAUUCUCUUCGCCCGCAUGUCCAUCACCGUGCUGGCCAGUUAUCUCUACAUGUGGUAUGCCCGGGUGCCGCAUCCUUUCGGCACCCGAUCCGAACUGGGCUUGCUGCUCCUGCGCGCCGGCGGCGGCUUCUGGGGCGUUUACGGGCUCUACUACUCGGUGCAGUACCUGCCGCUCUCCGAGGCCACCGUCCUCACCUUCCUGGCGCCGAUCCUGAGCUGCUACGCCUGCUCGCUGUACAUGCCGCACGAGACGUUCACGCGCAAGCAGCAGUUGGCGGCGAUGGUGUCGCUGGUCGGCGUCGUGCUGAUCGCGCGGCCCUUCUCGCACGCCACGUCGGACCGGGACUCGGUCGACAAGGUGCAGCGGUCCCUGGCGAUCGCGAUGGCGCUGGUGGGCGUGCUGGGCGCCUCCUGCGCCUACUCGGCCAUCCGCAUGAUCGGCCAGCGCUGCCACCCGCUGGUGUCGGUGACGUACUUCUCGCUCGUCACGACCGUGGUGUCGUUCGUAGCCAUGCUGGUGAUCCCCUCCGUGCCGCUGGAGCUGCCCGGCACCGUGAUGGAAUGGACCUUGCUGGCGGGACUGGGCGUGUGCGGGUUUCUGCUUCAGUUCCUGCUGACGGCUGGGUUGUCAUACGUGCCCCCGGCACCGCGACGGUCGAGCAUGAAAGCGAGUCGUCGCGUUCCUAGUCCAUACGGUAGCGAUGAUAACGAGAAUGACCAGGAUCAGGCGCAGAGGCCGUCGUCGUCCGGGUCGCGGGCCACCUCCAUGCUCUACACACAGAUGCUCUUCGCGCUAUUUUACGACGGCGUGGUCUGGGGUAAUACGCUGUCGGCCGUGAGCUGGCUGGGAUCGGGAUUGAUCCUGGUCAGCGCCAUCUAUGUGGCCAUGGCGCGGGAGACCCGGCCCGACAGAGGUGCAGCAGCAGUGGCGUCCAAAGAGACGGACGAGCCGCACGAGGGGCGCUCAGAUGCCGCGGACGACCAUCUGGAGCGACGUCAUGGAGAAAGAACGCCUGGAGGAGGGCGGGGAAGCAAUGAUGCAUGA